CACUCACUCAGCCACUCACUCACCCAUUCAGCCACUCAGGCGCUCACAUAAUGUUGUUGUUGUUGAUGUUGUUGUUGACGAUGUUGUUGUUGUUGACGAUGUUGUUGUUGUUGUCGUUGUUGUUGACGAUGAUGAUGUUGUUGUUGUUGACGAUGAUGAUGUUGUUGUUGACGAUGUUGAUGUUGUUGUUGACAAUGUUGUUGUUGUUGCUGCCGCUGCAGACGCGCAACUGGAACGAGGAGCUGCAGAGCUGCCGUGAGCUCCCCCACAAGACGCUGUCACAGAGACUCGUUAGAGAGAGAGCCACAUUCAAGGUCCCACCACCGAUGGGCGCUGCCGGUGCGUCGUCUCUGGUUGACGCUGCUCAGCAAGGAGCAGCUUCACUCCACGUUCCUGCGCUACUCACUCACCCACUCACUCACCCACUCACUCACCCACUCACUCACUCACCAGCUUCACUCCACGUUCCUGUGCUACUCACUCACUCACUCACCCACUCACCCACUCACUCACUCACCCACUCACCCACUCACUCACCACUCACUCACUCACCCACUCACUCACUCACCAGCUUCACUCCACAUUCCUGCGCUACUCACUCACUCACCCACUCACUCACCCACUCACUCACCCACUCACUCACUCACCAGCUUCACUCCACGUUCCUGCGCUACUCACUCACUCACCCACUCACCCACUCACUCACUCACUCACCCACUCACUCACCCACUCACCCACUCACUCACCCACUCACUCACUCACCAGCUUCACUCCACGUUCCUGCGCUACUCACUUACUCACUCACCCACUCACUCACCCACUCACUCACUCACCAGCUGCACUCCACGUUCCUGCGCUACUCACUCACUCACCCACUCACUCACUCGCUCACCCACUCACUCACCAGCUUCACUCCACGUUCCUGCGCUACUCAUUCACUUGCAGGCGGCGACAGCAUGAGUUGA